UCGAUUUCCUGGAUACCAAAAACAGUUCAGUGGAUUUCUUUCAUGUAAUCUUUGUGCCACAAUAUAUCUGUUCAGGAGACAAUCAUGGUCCGUUUUUCAGGAGGCUGACGGUUUAUUUUAAGCUGCUCACCUUCUUGACUUCCAAGAGUGACGGCCCCAUCUGUGUUUGACAGGUAACACUCUCAACCUGGACGGACACCAGGGCAGUGCGGUUUUCACGGGUCUUCCCGUCUCCUUCACAUCCUAUAAAAUGUGGCUCAUGGUCGCUUCUGUCCCGCUGCUCCCCGCCAUCAUCAUGGCAUCCGCUCGUUAUCGUGUCAAAGUUGCCUCGCUGUGCCAUCGAGCUCUGGCCUGGACGCUGAGGCUGCUGCGAGGGAGAGUGUGCGUGAGGAGCACCCACGCCUUUGUGUUCUCCGAAUGCACCCACGGCAAAGCCGACAGCGUCCUGGAGACCUUCAACCUGUACGCCGACACACACCUGUCCCUCUGCAUCAGCCCACAGACGGGUGAAGCACUGGAUGAAGCGGUGAGGCGUGUCCGUCCCUCCCAGGUGUUGGAGCUCGGGAUGCACUGUGGCUACAGUUCUGUCCGCAUGCUGCGUCUGCUGCCCUCUGCUGGCAGACUGGUCACAGUGGAGCUGGACCCACUCACAGCUGAGCUAGGGGAGGAAAUCAUACUGGUGGCUGGCUUCAAACACUCCCAGUUCCAGGUGUUGACAUCCAGCUCAGCGGAGGCCAUCCCGUCUUUGCAUUCAAUCCUUCAGCUCAAUCAAGGGACCAGCGAGGGGCUCAAUCUGGUGCUAAUGGACCAUGACCCCGAGCAGUACCUCCCAGACCUGCUGGCUCUGGAGAAAGAGCAGCUCCUCUGCCCCUCUGGCUGCUCCGUCCUCCUGAUCUACAGGAACCAAAGACACGGAGAUCGCAGAGAAGUCCUGGGUCACAUCGGAGCGAGGCCCGACCGCUACAUCGUCAAGUCAGAGCUUCAGUGUAUGACGGAGAUCUUCUACCAAAAGAAAAGCACAAGUUGAGAAGUGAGAACAAAGUCUAAAGAUGUAGGUGUGUGCUUUCAGGUUUUGUGUGGACUGUAUCAACCAAUAGUAUUAAAUACUUCACCUUCUCUUGUAUUACUGUGGGUCAAAGUACUGCAGGAUAAAAAACACAUGCUGAAUAAAUUAUU